AAACAAAACAAAAUGUCAGCUCCGAACCAGUCGAUCAGCCGUAUUUUUUAUCAAAUAAACAUUAGUAACUUAUCCUAGAAUUGAUAAGAUCCAUAUUUUAAUAUGAUUUAUAACGGCGUAGGGUCCUAAUUAAAAUAUCAUGUAAGUGGGUGUGAGUGUUUAGAUUAACGAACCGUUCCAAAGAAGUACUUUGUAUCGUAAGAUUUUUUUUUGAAAAAUAAAACUGCCCCGAUGCCUGUAAGCUUUAAUAACGGAAAGACAACAUGUAUGACAUGUUGUCAGAGUUUCGAGUGUCGGAAUUUGAUUCAUUCGUGGAUAUAUUGAGAUUGACUCCUGGUGAUCCUUUGAAUACAUUUGGUGAAAUGUGGUACCCCGUGUUUCUGUGGUCUUUGUUCUCGUCAGUGUUUGUGCAUACGUGUGCGGCACUAGUUGCGUUUGGAACUUUAAGAAAGCAUAAGUAUGGGAAGUUCUUCCCAGUGUUGUUAAUAGUGAUGGGUGUCGUGACUCCAGUGACUUCGGGUGUCGCGACCAGUGCUGCCAUCGCGUUCAUAUACCGAGCCGCUACGUUGACUAUGCCUCCUAUACAUGCCAUGAUCUGGGGAAUCGGCCAAACUGUGCUUGGAGCUGGAAUGGGUUUCACAAGGAUUUUGGCUACUUUGUAAUAAUGAUAACUAGAUUUAUUUAGCUAAUUACAUCACAAUAUAUUUAUGAACUAUAUAAUUUAUUAUAAAUUCAAUAAAUUCUGAGUCAAUUAACAUAGAAUAUAGAAUGGGAAUGUAGUGAAAGGGAAGGUGCUGAAGGUUAAUGCAUUAAUUUCCUUGAAUAGUGGAUGACUUGACUGUCGGUCAAGGUUCACCCAAUAGUAAAUACUCAUUAGCUAUCUGAUGUAAAUAUGUAAUCAUUGAUAUAUUAUGUAGCGGCAUAUAAUACACAAUGUGCUUAAUUUUUGUAUGAACUAUCAUGUCUUGCAUAUUUGUAUAAAUUAUAGUAAAGAAACCUAGGGAGUUCAUUAUGAAUAUGACUAUGCAAUAAAAAAAUAAAUUGUUUUAGAAUGUAAAUAUGUGCCUACCUAUAAAAUAUAAUGACUGAUGUUUCACAAAGAAUACAUAUUUCUAGUAUUAGUUUUUCUACUUAAAAUCAUAUAGAGACAAAGGUAUUGUUCAAUGAAUCCUAAAUUUCAUUAUUGUUUAAUUUUCUUGAUUGUAUUGUGAUAAGUUGUAUACCUGAGCCCGUGUAAUCAUUUUUACCAUAAAUUAUGCAUUCCAUGUUAAAAUUGUAUGAAAAAAAUAAUAUUUAGCAUUGACAUUGUCAUUAAUUGUAAAGUUUAAAUUAUUGUUUGACUAUUUUCGCUCAUUCUUGAUACAUGAGACUUCAUCAGGCCCACCGACAUUUCUCAGGACAUAUUCCCAGCAUUAGUCUGAGGGUAGCUUAAUCAUGUGAACAAACAUGUCUUAUUAGAAAGCUGUUGAUUUUAAUUAUCACACUCAUAUCUGGUUUUGUACUUAUAUUUUUGUACAUAAUAGUUCCCUAAUUAUUGUCAGUAUCAUUUUUCUAUAAGUACAAUCUGGAUUAAGUUUCAAAUUAUGAUUAAAUUGAUUAGAAUUUUUCCUAGGGCCACAAAGACCUUUAUUUAUUUGACAAUGUACAAUGUUUACUGUUCACAAGUAAAGAAAUGAUAUUUUAAUUUAUUUAUAGAAUUAAUUAAUUUGUAAUCAAUUGGAUGAAGAUUUAAAUUAUAUUUUCUUUAUUGACAUUAUUUAUUAUUACCCGUUACAAUUUUAUGUUCAUACUCUUCUAAUGUUAAAUGGAGCAUGGUGAUACUUUUAAUAUUUAUUUUUAUGUGGUUUUGGGGUUUAUUGAAGUGGUGUAUGGUAUAGUGAAUUACACUUAUUAUUAAGAUAUAGCUGCAGAAUAAUGAGUUAUGUUUAUCUUAAAGCCGCUGUUAGAUGAAAUGUUACAAUCAGUAUGUUUAAAUCAUGAAGUUUCUUUGUAUUAUAUUAUAACUGUAUAACAGUUUCUCAGAAAUACAAGUGAGCCUUUGCAUAGAACCAAACAAUUUAAGAUUCUAAUAGAAACCCAUAAAGUUCAGUUUAAACUGUCAAAACCACAAUAUUGUUAUCACCAUGUGAAAUGGAUGUUUUAAAUAUUUGAAAUAUUAUUUUUUCACAAUUUUGUACUUAUUAUGUACAAUAGUAAAAUAUCAUGUUUGUAGAAGCAAAACUAUAAAAAAUGCAAAGCUAGUGUGAUCAUGUUGUAAAUAGAUAUAUUAUUAUGUAGAGGAACAUUGAAAAAAGGAAAUCAUUUUCCAUAUUUCAACAUUAUCCAAAG